AUGUCAUCACUUACUUUUGCGGGUCUUUUGGUUUUGAUUUCAAUCCCAUUCAAGCUCUUGUACGUGCUACUUUGCUACCCAUUUAGAGGAGGAGUCAAUCCCAAGUUCCGCAGCAGUUUGUCAAAUUCGUUGAAAUGGCAGCUUUCAAGAACAGCGUUGUCUAUGCCUGUGCCUUGUGCCUGGAUCUUGUCGAUUCCUUCAGCCAAGAUCACCAUCCGUAAAGUCUUGCCAUUCAAGUUCCCCGCCUUGGUCCAAGGAUUGGGCAAGUACGGUGAACAAUAUGACGAUCAAAGUAUAUGGUUGGUUGAAGCUGAAGGUCGAGACAAGGCGGAUCCCAUUAUCAUCUUUUUGCACGGUGGUGGGUAUUUCAUCGAUGCUAGACCCGAACAAUUUGAGUCGGUGUUGAGCAUUUACCAUUUGCUCGAGCCGGAAAAGAAGGCCACCUUGUCGGUUUUGUACUUGGAUUACAAAUUGGCCCAUCUGGGCCACACCAUCACCACGCAAUUGCAUCAGCUUGUGGAAACCUACCAGAGAUUAACCGUGCAGGAUGGCAACAGCAACAUCAUCUUGAUGGGCGAUUCAGCCGGUGGCCACUUGGCAAUCACCUUCUUGCAGUAUAUCCGCCAAACAAAAGACGAAACAAAGAUGCCCUGGCCGAAAUCGGUGAUUUUGAUUUCCCCAGCAGUUAAAGUCAACCCUGAACCACACCAAUUCGAAACAGGUUGGUCAUAUUUCGAUAAUAAAGAUAUCGACAUGGUGCAAUAUAAAGUCAUUCACAGUUCAAGUUACCAAAACGCCAUAGUGGGCGAAUUGGACAUCACCAGUUUGUUGGUGUCCCCAGGUAAUGCCCAGUAUAAACAUGGCGAUUGGGACGAUAUCCCUACAUUCACGCAGAGUGGCUACUCUCUGUUGACCUUGGUGGGCGAACACGAGCUGUUGCGAGAUGAUGUGCUCGAAUGGUGCCGAUACGCUGUGAAAUCACCACUUACAAAGCAAAAAGUUGACUCUAUGGGAAUAUACAAUGCCGAUCUACACCAAUACAAGAACGAGGGUGGCGGCGACAAAGGCGCGCGCGCCGAAGUCUAUGUUGAACCAUGGGGUAUCCAUGACGCGGUGUUAUUCUUUGAGAACCAUGUGGCUGCGAAAGUCGCCCGAGGUGCUGAGUUGAAGCAUUUGGACCCUGUUGAGUUUUUCGGCAUUGUUAAAGUCACCGAGUUUUUAAAUACCAUCCUAGAAUGCCCCAAGAAUACAAGAAAAGAAGAAUCUGAGAAAUGCAACAUAAAUACCCAACCUUAG